AUGACAUCCGCUCUACAGAAUCUGACCAUCUUUUACCUCCUCCCGUUUGGGUACUAUGUGCUUGCGGAUGACAAUCCAGUGACUGGGGCAAUUCGAAGCGAAUCGAAAGAGUAUAUUGGUUGUCCCUGGUGGGUUUUUGAUUUCCUCGUUGAAUCGGUGGUGUGCCUUCUAUUGGCGGUGACUGCGACGGCAGUCUUCAGAAGCGCUGCUAUGAAUCGCGUCGCAACCCAUCUCUCACCUCGCGUACAUUCCGUGGGACGUGCAGUAGCUCCAAAAGCGUGGUGUCCCCCCACAGUUUUAUGGAGUGGACGAGUGGUUACUGCUACGUCACCACCAUUCGGAAACGGUCAGGAAUCAAUCAUCAUGGAACAGCCUGCCGCCGUUGUCGUCAAUUCAGAAGGCUUGAUUGCAGACAUUCUCACAAACGUUACAGAGGCGGAAGCUUGCCGACUUUCUCAGUCUGAGAACUGCGAAUUUGUCAAUCUGGGUCCAUCCAUGGUUUUGUCACCCGGUAUGAUCGACGUCCAUUGUCAUAUUAGCGAACUCGGUCGGGAUUGGGAAGGAUAUCACACGGCCACCCGAGCAGCUGCUGCCGGAGGAAUCACCACUCUAGUGGGAAUGCCUUUGAAUUCUAUACCAUCAACUACGACUGUGGAUGCUUUGGAGCAGGAAAUUGAAGCUGCACUCGAUACGACUCUACUGGCGGACGUUGCCAAUCUGAAAAAUGAUGCGUUCGAGCUCAAGGCCCUCUUGAGCGCAGGAGUCUUCGGGCUCAAGGCCUUUUUGUCUCCCCUUCCACCGAAUGCUGGCUACGAGUCGGUAUCGCCUGCGCAGCUUGCUGAAGCGGCCAAGAUAUGCGGCACAUACGAUCGACCUAUUUUGGUACACGCGGAGCUCAUGUCCCUGGACGUUUGCCAAGAACGUUUAGAGGAUGCGUACCGUGGGCAAUCUCUAAAAUCCUAUAAAGCACAUGUUCAGUCGCGUCCACCCCAGUGGGAACAAAAUGCCGUGCAGGUUGUUUGUGAUCAGACCAUGCAUUGCAAAAUGCAUAUUGUCCAUUUGAGCGAAGCAUCUUGUCUGGAAAUCAUUGCUGCAACGAAGAAGCACCUUGAGAAAUUCGCAAAGGAGCAAAAUAUUUCUGUGGAAACUUGCUCGCAUUACCUACUGUUUGACUGUGACAGCAUUCCUGACGGUGAAACGCGUCUCAAGUGUUUUCCACCAAUUCGAAACAAAGCCAAUCGCGAGUUGUUGUGGAACACUGGCAUUCGUGGCGGCUUGAUAUCCAUGGUGACAUCCGACCAUAGUCCAUGUCCGUCGAAGAUGCGCAACCUGGACACAUUGAACGUAAAAGAUGCCUGGGCUGGGCUGACUUCUCUACAAUAUCAGUUGCCGGCUACUUGGACUGCCUCUCAAAUGCGAGGGCUCGACUAUUCCUUGGUCGACAUGGCACGGUGGUGGUCGCUUAGCCCUUCCACAUUGCCGACGGGAAUGAGCGAUAUAAAGGGAAAAAUUGCGAUCGGUCAUCAAGCGGACUUCGUGGCUUGGGACCCCCAGUACACUGGGCCGCCCAACGGCAACAGCACAGAAUACCAUCGAUGGAAGGAUAGCUACUUGGGCACAAUGUCUUUGCGGGGUAGAGUCAUUGUCAAGCUUCCUUUUGCUACUACCCUGCUCCUCAAUCAGCGUCAGGGAAGCAAGAUCCUCCUCGGCUAG